UGUUCGGGGUAGGUUGAAGCUAGCUAAAUGUUUGAUCAAUGUUUCGCCAUUCUACGAGUAAGUCGCAACGACCAACAACCGUGAAAGUCUGCGCAUAUCUCCGCUGUUCACCCAGUUUUGCGUUUGUACUUGGAGGUAAAGAGAGGCUGAGCUGAUGUCGAUACGAUCCGAGGCUGCAGAAAUCACGAGUGAAUGCAAGGUAUUUUCAGUCACUAUUCUGACACCACGACGUUCCGUAUUGCUGCUUUACAUUGUCAGUCAACCUCACGCAUGGACACGCUAUCCGUGCUUGCAGCUAGUUGACCAUCUCGGCCUUCAACUCUCCGCUUGAACUGCUGCGUCGAUACCAGCCAGCUCCGAGCUAACCGCCCCUUAUCAUCACCAGUGAUUUCUGUUCAUUGUAGAAAAAUCACUGUAGACGUACAGCAGAGUUGUCAAGCAUGAUGGGCACAGACAGUGUGUGUAGCAGUGGCAGUAAGCCAACGCUGUCACGUGACACUGCUGGUAUGGUGAUUCUCGUGCGCAGCGGACAGCACCACCGGACGGCGGAGAACGUAGAGCUGUUGCGCAAUGCCGUAGGGGAGAGCGCCGCUCGACGCGACGCGCGCGUACCCGUCGAGUUCACGCUGUCCCGACGCGCGCGUGCGUUCCUGACGCUGUCCCGGCUGGCCGCCACGCUCGUGGCGCUGCACGUCUGUUGCUUUGCGUGGCUGGCGCGUGUGUGCGCGGCGCAUCCCAGUGUGGAACGUGUACUGUGCAGGACUGCGUGUGGGUGUCGCGCUCUUCAACGUGCCAAGGCAUGCCUGGCAUACCGUACGGAGGAUCAGCAGCAGCCGGCAGAGCAGAGCGUGGGUGCUGGUGGUGGUGCUGGUGAUGCUGGUAUCGAUGGCGAUGCUGGCGGUGCUGGUGCUAGUAGUGGUUGCCACGACGAUGAUUGCCGCCGCGGCGACCAGUGGCAGCUGCGCUGGGCUCGUCAGCCGUCGCUGCGACUUGUCUGGCUGCUGGUGGCCGACAUCUUCCUAGGCAUUGUCCUGAUGGCUGUCCUUGUUACCUGCGCCAAUGUCAUAGCCAGUGAGUUGGUGACAAACGCUGAACUGACAGCCGUGUGGCUGCGAUCGCUAAUCAACUGGCUGAUGGGUGUGCCUGCCGGUCUCAAACUAAACAACCAGCUCAGCGAGUUCCUGGGCAGAUUUUUCCUCUACCACAUCUACCUCUGGGGUAUCUACGUGCGGCUGGUGGCCCCCGUACUGGCGCCGCUGCUGCGCUGCGUGGCGUCACUGGGUGUGCUCGGCGGUGCCACGCUACUGCUGUGCGCGCUCUCCGACCUGCUGUCGGCGUUUGUCUUCCACGCCUACUGCUUCUACAUCUACGCCGGGCGUGUGUUUGGCGCCCAGCGCUACGUGCUCGCCGCGCUGCUGCGUCUGUUCGCCGGUCGCAAGUGGAACGUGCUGCGGCGGAGAGUCGACUCACUGGAGUCGGGCUCGACGUCGUCAUCACCGGACCAGUACCUGCUGGGAACGCUGCUGUUCACCGUCGUCCUGUGGCUGCUGCCGACCACGCUCGUGUUCUACUCGGUGUUUGCCGCCGUGCGCUUGGUCGUCCUGGCCGCGCACUGCCUCCUGGCCUGGCUCGUCCUGCUCCUUGAUCACAUGCCGCUGUGCGAGGUGCUGCGGAGUGUCUGCGCCGUGGCCAGGCUACAACACCUGGACUUCCGCCUGGAGACGGUGCCACCCCCAGCCGGUCCCCAGGCGGGGAAUCCCCCUGAUGACUCGUCGCCGUUCAUAGCCCUGCGGUUGAACGUCUGCCCGCGCUCUGGAGACCGGUACUUCUCCCUGACCGCGCUUCCACAGGCGUCAGCUGCCACCACGGGUGAUGGCGAUGAUGCGUGCGAAUCCCAGGCUGCUCAGCAAGCUCUGGUGGCGUGCGGUCGACCGGCUUCGGUUGCCGAGUCGCUCAAGUGCGGCUGUCCGUACGUGGAGUGUGCUCGACCCGGCUUCAUACCCAGUGUGGAUGUGGUGGGUAUCCUCUCCAGUCUGGCACGGGGUAGCAUUCUCCAUGCACCCACCGAGUCACUCUGUCACCGCACACCGUCCACAACAGCAGCGGCGAGCAACGUUACGUAACCCCUCCCCGCAAGAGUACUCAAUCUGCGGACCGAACUGUUUCGUCGUUUGUGAACUCGCCAACACUCCCCGGAAGAGUAUUCAAAUCUCAUCUCCAAGCUAUGGGUGCUGUGCGCAGCGUGCUACCUUCAUUGUGUCGUGAACUGACGAUUAAAAAAGAAAGAAAGCUGACUGGAGCUGUGCUUCCGUAUAGUUUGGACUUUAGACGCAGCGAUUUCACCCGUGAUGUGAUAGACUCGAAGAGGGCAACGCCUGUAUGUGAAGAAUCAUGCACAAUCCUUCCGAAGUCUCCGAGAAGAGUGUAACGGAAAGCUGGAAAGCGUAGCAUGUUAGCUGUGUGGCAACGACCCAGCCGAUUUCCGCAGUACGUGGGUACGUACAUGGACAUGUACUGGUGCUUCACCUUUCCAUAUUAGGCCUGGCCAGGCCCUGUUCCGGUUUUCUGUCAUGGCGUGGCCUGAACAGUGUAUGCGAACCAGUGAGUAGUAAAAUGCCGGAUAUUUUACUACUCACUGGUGUGAACUGCCAUUCUACGCAGCAAUCUUGUGGCCAGAUUCGUUCGGCGGCGGCCUUUUCCAACAUGUUGCAGUUUUCACGUCCGCGUGCCGAUUGCAGUGAAUUCCAGCCGCUUAUUCUCGCGGCAAGUGUGCCUAACAUGAAAUUUGAAAUCAUGCCGGACCGGACGGCCAACACGCAACAUCGAUCUACACGUGCAGCAAGGGCGCGCGACUACGGUAUGUGCAUACUGUACGUACGGAUGACGGCGCAAACAUGCAACCUCCCACCACCGGCCUUGAUCCUGUGGCGGUCUUCCAAGAUGUACAGAAUUCUAUUCGUCACGGUCACACGUUCGACAGUAUCUGUGUUCAUCGGUCGCUGGACGUAACCUACAGUACUCGGCAUAUGAGAAUGCACCGAAACCGUGGACAGCGCUCCGUGCCAUGCCCCCAUGUUCACUUGUAGAGUUGCAUACUCCCCAGGCCCGGGACUGGUCAUUAAUUCGUGCAAUGAGUGCGCUGACCGAGGGCAGUUGCUCUUGUGCGGGGGAGAGUCAGACUCAGGAUAGGACCGUCCUCUACGUGUACAAAUUGCUGAAAUAUAAGAACGCCCCAGGCUAACCUCUUGGACACAACGUUCUUGGAUGCUCAACCAUGUUUGUUUCGUUUUCGGAUUCAGCAAUCGUGAGACUCUUUGUGUCAGCUGUCCAUUCUAUUCUCUACUAGUAUCUGAUACUAUGGUAGUCGCCGAUGUUACUGAUCGGAGUGAGAUUUUGUGUGCACAGCGGUGUAGUGUUGACAAGCGCCUUGUACUAGAGGCCUUGUGUACUGGCAAGUGCCGUUUUGCGGAAAUUUCCAUUUUGGCAUUCCAAUUGUCCAAGAAAAUAGCUGCAACUCAAAACUAAAUCUCUCUCUCUCUCUCUCUUAUAGUUUAUGAUUUUAUGUGUUUCCCUGCAAUACUCUGCCACCGUGUCUAAUCACUGACGACUAGUGGCAUGGGCUUAGCUGGACUGCAGUGUAUACUAGUUGAUUGGACAUGACUCAACCACUGUACAUUCUGUUCUCACAGACUCCACAGCUGCAGUGCUAUAAUAAUGCUGAAGCCUGCUUUUAAAAGUUUUUACUUUUUCUUCUUUUUUUUUCUUCCCUAGUUUGAGGGAAAGAGACAAACGGGAAAAGUCUGAAGAAAAAAUUGACCGUCACCACCAGGACUCGAACCAGGGACCCUCGCUUGUAGCUAGCGAUGGUCUAACUUUUUUUCUUUUUUCAUCACGUUUUCUAACUUUUCGUUCUUGCAGACUGUUCCCCGCCUAUUAUAGCUGUGGGCAUGUUGUAUACCCAAAGCUGCUUCAGGAGAUCAGGCAUCUUGGCCUUGGUGUACAUACUAUA